AUGGCAACGGCCUCAUCGACGCGCCUGCGAUGCCUGUACGCAUCAACCGUGAAAAAAGCAGCUCCCAGCCAGUCUCUGGCCAGCCUCUCUCGUCGCUAUGCCACAGCCAACUCGGAUUCCUCAACCACCCCGUCUCUGUCUGACAAGGCACCCACACGGCGACGCGAAACGACGUUUCGCGAUAAACUGAAUGCCGGUCCUUCGUUUUCAGACUUUGUCGGCGGCGGCGGCGAUGCACCCAUGGAUCCGUCAGAGGCAUACGCCCUCGAAAAAGUCAUGGUUGGACCGGCCGGUCGGAAGAAGGAACACACUCGUCUACCGUCAUGGCUCAAGACUCCCAUCCCGGACUCGAGCAAUUAUAAGCGUAUCAAAAACGAUCUUCGUGGGUUGGACCUGCAUACCGUGUGCGAAGAGGCCCGGUGCCCCAACAUCUCGGACUGCUGGGGAGGAAGCGACAAGUCUUCUGCGACAGCCACUAUUAUGUUGAUGGGCGACACCUGUACACGAGGGUGCCGUUUCUGCAGCGUCAAAACCAAUCGCGCCCCAGCACCUCUCGACCCACACGAACCAGAGAACACUGCAGAAGCGCUAUCACGCUGGGGACUUGGUUAUGUUGUCUUGACCAGCGUCGACCGUGACGACCUGGCCGACGGCGGCGCCCGUCACUUUGCCGAAACAGUCAUGAAAAUCAAACAGAAAAACCCCAGUAUCCUCGUUGAAUGCCUAACUGGCGAUUUCGCCGGCGACACCGAGAUGGCCGCGCUCGUCGCUCGCUCAGGCUUGGACGUGUACGCACACAACGUCGAAACCGUCGAAGAGCUCACCCCGCAUGUGCGUGACCGCCGCGCCACUUUCCAGCAGUCGCUACGCAUUCUCGAAGCUGCCAAGCGCGCCAAACCAUCGCUCAUCACCAAGACGUCGAUGAUGCUGGGUCUCGGCGAGACGGAGCCUCAAAUGUGGGAUGCGCUGCGCCAGCUGCGUGCGUCAGAAGUCGACGUUGUCACGUUUGGCCAGUACAUGAGGCCAACAAAGCGACACAUGGCGGUGCACGAGUACGUUACCCCGGACAAGUUUGAGCUGUGGCGCCAGCGAGCUCUCGACCUGGGCUUUUUGUAUUGUGCCUCGGGACCACUGGUGCGCAGUAGUUACAAGGCCGGCGAGGCGUUUAUUGAGAAUGUCCUCAAGAAACGACGGUCUGCUGCUGGCGGUGGUUCUACUUCUGACAGCGUGUCGAGUGCAGAGUCUGUUGUGGCUAAAUAA